UUCCACUGCCCCUCGCUGUGCGCGACGAUGGCGCCCGCAUUCCCCAUCACGGAGGCCCAGCUUGUCGCCCUCUUCGCGGAAAGCAUCGCGUACGGAAUGCAUGUGGUGACGUUCGCAAUCUGCAUGUACUCCUGGAUCCAUCGCUCAAAAGCCUCAAAGUCAGCGAGAUCAUGGCCAUGGAUGUCUAUCGCCAUUGCCCUCCUUAUUGUCGGGACGCUCGAUGUGUCCUUCAACUUGUACCACAACAUCAUUGCCUUCAUCUUGUACACCGGCCCUGGCGGCCCAAAGGGUGAAUUCGAAAAGCUCUCUAAUUGGGUCAAUGUCAUGCGAAGUGUUUGGGCGCGUCUUUGUGCAUUGAUUUCCGACGCUGCUUUGAUAUACCGCUGUUGGGUCGUCUACAGUGUCUCCACGCAGCGGUGGUCUGUCGUGGCGCUCCCGAUUUUGAUUUGGCUCGGCGUGGCAGCCUGCGCUGUCAUGGACGUCUUUUAUCUGUGCACCCUCCAUCUGUAUACGUCAAUCCCUUUGGCGACACAGAUGCGCCCAUGGCUGUAUGCCUAUUUCUCGUUAACGCUAGCCUUGAACGUCGUCACCACAGGCAUGAUUGUGUACCCGCUCUGGAAGACACGCAAGCUGACCUCCGAGUACUUCAAAUUACGCUCGCGGAAACGAGACAGACUCAAAGGAAUGAUCCGCAUUUUCAUUGAAUCUGCCCUCCUUUACACGCUGUCUGUCGCGGUCAGCGUCAUCAUGGAGAUGGUCCAGUCAAAUGGAUACUAUCCCUCAACCGAUAUCAGCGUGCAACUUGCGGGCUUUACGUUUGAUCUCAUUAUUAUUCGCAUUUGGAAAGGUGUCUCUACGGAACAAACUCGUGCCUUCGCCGAUUCGAUGACUCGGUCGCCGAUGGCUCCUCACAAGGCACCGUGGCAAGAGAGUUCAGAUAUCAGCACCUUCGAGGUCCAUCUGGAAACCGGGAACUCUGCGACGAUGGUUUGAGAGGAGUAUACAUCUUUCUCUGGCCCGUAUAACUUAUUGUUCCUUUAUGUAUGAACGACCUAUUGAACGACUACGACACGACUCCUUGCCGGCUUGUGGCCUUACGAUCUUUCAGUAUGUUGUAUACCCCGGACGCUGGUACUAGUACUUCGUCUUCGUCGUCACCGGAUCCUGAAUCGGUGUUGUACUGCAUCCUCUAUUUAUACCUGUAUCGUGCGUCAUAUCCUUAUGCAUCAUUUAUUCACA